GUGACUAGCCCACGCAGGCUCACACCCCUCUCUGGGUCUCGGACCUGCCCUCGCUCACUCUCUCCAGCCCGCCAUCCCUAACGGAGGCACCUGUUCCUGGUGGCGCAGCUCCUGGUGGCGCAGAGCGCGCGGGCCCNGGCGGCGCGGAAAGCAGCAGGAGGAAGAGCGGCGCAGGUCUGAGAAGCAGAAGCCUCGCGGCGCACCUGGUGGUGAGCAUCUCUAGGAAGAGCAGAAGGCAAGGAUAGGCCCAGGAGUAAUGGAGUCCAAAGAUCAAGGAGUAAAAAAUCUCAACAUGGAGAAUGACCAUCAGGAAAAGGAGAAGAAGGAAGAAAAGCCGCAAGAUACCAUCAGAAGGGAGCCAGCUGUGGCCCUGACUUCCGAGGCUGGCAAAAACUGUGCACCUAGAGGAGGUCGCAGGCGGUUCCGGGUUCGGCAGCCCAUCGCUCACUAUAGAUGGGACCUGAUGCAGAGGGUUGGGGAGCCCCAGGGAAGGAUGAGAGAGGAGAAUGUACAGAGGUUUGGGGAUGAUGUGAGACAGCUCAUGGAGAAGCUAAGGGAAAGGCAGCUGAGCCACAGCCUGCGGGCGGUUAGCACUGACCCGCCUCAUCAUGACCACCAUGAUGAGUUUUGCCUUAUGCCCUGAGUCCUGAGCUUUUCUCUGAAGAUGAUAUGGGGACCCCUGCCUUGUGAUGUACAAGUUUUGAGGUUACUCCUUUUGUGUAGAUCUCUCCCUGUUACCAGCUUCUAAUUGAAACUUGUGUUUUUUACUCAGCCUGUAAUUCUUUUGUUAGCACAAUUUAUCAGUUGCAUGGGAAGAUCCAUAUUACAUAUUGUGAACCUAAUAAAGCAAAUUUAAAAGGCA